AUGUUGGAGGGUUUGGUGGCCUGGGUCCUCAACACCUACCUGGGCAAAUAUGUCAACAACCUCAACACAGACCAGCUGUCCGUAGCACUUUUAAAAGGUGCGGUUGAACUGGAAAACCUACCAUUAAAAAAAGAUGCGCUAAAAGAACUGGAAUUACCAUUUGAAGUGAAAGCAGGUUUUAUUGACAAAAUAAGGAUCCAGAUCCCUUUUUACCGUCCACACUUGGAUCCAUGGGUGAUCUCAAUUUCCAAGCUUCAUUUAAUCGGAUCUCCUGAAAAUCUGGAAGAUUUUGAUGAGCUGAAGGAGAAGUUAUUGGAAAAAGUUCGCAAAAAAGCUCUUCUGAAAGCACUUGAGGACAAAUGGAAGAGCGAACAAGAGCAAAAAGGAGAGUCAUACUGGUACACCGUAACUGCUUCAAUUGUGACCAGAAUUGUGGACAAUAUUGAACUGAAAAUUCAGGAUGUCCACUUGAGGUUUGAAGAUGGUGUUACUGAUCCAUCACAGCCAUUUGCCUUUGGAGUCUGCAUUAAAAAUGUGUCUGUCCAAAACGCCAGUCAUGAGCCAGUGGAGAAGUUAAUGAGGAAGAAACAACUGGAAGUUGAGGACUUCAGUAUUUACUGGGAUGUAAGCAGCACUUUAUUGGGUAACCUACCUCCAGGGGAGCUACAGGAAGCCAUGGAUAAAAGCAUGGAAAACCGCGAGCACCAAUACAUCCUGGAGCCAGUAUGCACAUCGGCUCUGUUUAAGAGAAACUGUUUUAAAGAGCCUCUGAGAUCGCGGCAACAGCCACGAAUAGAGUGUGACAUAUGUCUCAAGACUAUACCGCUUACCUUGUCUCAGGCACAAUAUCAACAAAUUAUGGAGUUUGUUGACGAGUUUAAAAGAAAAGAAAGACAGAUGAAGUACAGAAAAUGGAGACCGAAGGUCCCAGUGAUAAAGAACUGUAGAGAAUGGUGGCUUUUUGCACUAAACACAAACUUGUCUGAGAUCCGAGAGCAGAGGAGCCGACUAAACCUGGAUUUCCUUCUCCACCGAGCUCGAGAUGCUGUGUUUUAUUGUGAUAAACACUACAGUCGACUGAAGGGAAUACCGUUAGCAGCUGAAGAUGAGGCAGAACUGGACCGGAUUGAGGAAGAACAAUCUAUUGAAGAACUGAAACUUUUACAGCAGCAAGUCCAUGAUCGCUUUAGGAGGCAUCAUGAACUGGCAGAGAGUAUGAGAGAGCCGAUGGCUGAUUCAGCCGGCAGUUCCCCUGCGUCCACUCCAACUCGCAGCCAGAGCAGUGGAAUGCUCCAGUACCUUCAGUCCUGGUUUCCAGGCUGGGGAGGUUGGUAUGGGAAUACACAGGAAGCCAGAGAAGAUAUAGAGAGACUAUCACAAGAACAGCAACAAGAACAGAAGUCCUGGGACCCGGAAGAUAUCCUGGGAGCUGAUGACUUCUUUGACCCCACUUCUGACACUGCAAACUUGAACACAUUCACUAAAAGAGAUCACGUAUUUGCAAAACUCAACUUUCAGCUAGAGGGUGGCACCAUUACUCUCCUACACAAGGAGAAGAACAGCACCCUCUUGCGGGAGACUGCCUUCAUACAGCUGGAAUUCUCAGGGAUGACAGUCAGGUUGGACGCUUUGCCCUGGAGAGAUUCUUCCCUUCUGCUGGUUCAGCUAGAUGGAUUGUUCCUCCGAGACCUAGCAACACACGGGACCAUAUUUCCCAACCUUGUCUACCCUAAUGCUCAAAAGGAAGUGUCCUGUUUAUCCCAACCAUCCAGUGUGCACACGGGACCAGCUGACUUCCUCAGUCCCAGCAGCUCCACUUCUGGGGAUAACCCCGUAUUUAAAAUGCUGUAUGAGAGAAAUCCAAUACACAGUGUGUUUGAGAGGCGGCUAGAAGUCAGCACAAGACCUCUGAAUAUCAUCUACAAUCCACAAGCAAUAACGAAAGUGGCAGACUUCUUUUACAAGGGGAAAGUUCACAGUUCAGGCUUUGGGUACCAGUCAGAGCUGGAGCUAAGAGUGGCAGAAGCUGCUAGAAGACAGUACAAUAAUCUAAAAAUGCAGACGAAAGCUGAAAUCCGGCAAACCAUUGACCGGUUAUUGGUUGGAGAAUUUAUUGCGAACAGUAGGCGCUGGACAAUACGCCUUGAUAUUUCUGCUCCCCAGGUGAUCUUCCCAGAUGAUUUUGUGUGCCAGGAUCCCGUUUUAGUUGUGGUCGAUCUUGGAAGAAUUCUGCUAACCAAUUCUAAUGAUCAAGGUAAAAGAAAGGUCACGGAUCAUUUAUCUGCGGAAGCAAACGAUUUAAGUGAUGAAGAAUACAAAACUCCUCUAGCUACCCCAACAAAUAGCCCUCCACCUGAAGCUGAAGCCAAAGCUGGAUCUGAUACAGCUAGCUACAAUGGAACAGAGUUGAGUGAAGAGCAGCUAGAAGCCUACCUGUUGAGCAAUAAAAUGUAUGAGAAAUACUCAUUGUCUUUUAAAGAUUUGCAGAUCAUGGUUGGGCAUGUGAAAGACAACUGGAAGCAUCUCCAGGACAAUGAAGUUGGCCCAACUCACGUUGUAGAGAAGUUUAACGUCCUCCUACAGUUGGAACGUAGAUUGAUUUACACCUCUGACCCUCAGUACCCGGGGGCAAUGCUUUCCGGUACACUGCCAGAUUUAAAAAUUCAUAUCAAUGAGGAUAAGAUCUUCGCUUUGAGAAAGUGUUUUACCAGCUUGGCCAGUUCUGAAACUAAAAUGUCUGAUAAUAUGCUUCUGAGGAAAGAGAAAAUAUUCUUUGAUACUGAAAGCAAUGGAAGGACAAUGGAUUCUGUGAUGAAUCUGACUCAAAGCGUUGUUACCCUUGAGCAACACACUCGUGAGGUUCUUGUAGAGUCUAAGCUUCUACUGGCUGAAUUUAAAAUCAACUAUAUGCAGCUUGGUGUCGAAAGCUGCGGACGUUACAUUUCUCUCCUGAAAGUGUUUGGUUGCAACGCCAAUUUUGUAAAACGACCUUAUGAUAUAGACGUUGCCUUGACUGUUCAUGGUCUACUUAUGGUGGACACUAUGCAAACGUAUGGUUCUGACUUCGAUCUUCUGAUGGCUUCCCACAAGAAUCUUUGCUUGGAUGCACCAACUGGAAGUCUUCGUGACAGCAGAGCACAGUCACCAGUAUCUGGCAAUGAUUUGUCACCAUCCAGUCCAUUCACAUUUAAAAACAAAUGUACUUCCUUAGAAAACAUAAACCUAAAAGAUCAAGAAUCCCUCAUCAAGCUUGAAUAUCAGUUUGUAAGCUCUGAAUGUCCUUCAAUGAACUUGGACAGCUCUUUGCAGGUAAUGAGUGUCCAGGUCAACAAUUUGGACAUCAUCCUUAAUCCGGAAACAAUGGUAGAACUCAUUGGUUUUCUUCAGAAAUCUUUUCCAAGAGAGAACGACGAGUCUAGCCCCCAACCUUUGAAGGCCAGUUUUGAAAAUGAUUUUACAGAGCAAGAAUUUUUUCAGUCAACGUACGAGCAGAACACUCAAGUGGCAAUUGACAUUCACAGGUUAAAUAUCCUGCUCUUCAGAACGGUUAAUAGCCCGGAUGGAAGAAGUAGUGGGAAGAAGAUUGCCACAGCUAGCAUUGGUGGUACUAAGGUGAACGUAGCUAUAGGUAGUAGGUUUGAUGUCAAUGGCUCUCUUGGUUGUCUCCAACUUAUCGACCUUGCUCAGGAUUCCUCAAAAAAACAGUAUGUGAUUAGUAUAGGCAACACAGCUGCUUAUGAAGGUCAAGGGUUUGAGGCUUUUGAAGCCAUGUUGGUUAAACAAGACUCUCAAUAUAGUCUGAUGGAGGCUUUGAGUUUUACUUUUGUUGAGAAGUCCAAAGAAGAAAUUGCCCUUAAUUUAAAAAUGGCAUCUUUGCAUUAUAACCAUUCGGCCAAGUUUUUGAAAGAGCUGACCUUAUCAAUGGACGAGUUGGAAGAUAACUUCCGUAACAUGCUAAAGACUGCAGCCUCAAAAGUUUCCUCUGUGCUGGCCACAAAAACGGCAGAGUACAGUGAGAUGGUGUCACUGUUUGAGACUCCACGUAAACAUUGGGACUCUGUACAAUUUGAAGCGGACGAAUAUGAUGGAUUUUGUCCAGUCGGUGCCAAAAUAGAUACAGUAAAACUCAUUUUAAAUAUUAAUAUAGAGUCUCCAGUUGUGUCAAUCCCCCGUACUCCUGGUAGUACAGAACUUCUUGUUGGACACCUAGGUCAAAUAUUUAUUCAGAACUUUGUGUCGGAUGAGGACCACUCAAGCAGCGAUCGCUUACAAGUUGAGAUUAAAGAUAUAAAGCUCUAUUCAUUGAACAGCAAUGUCCUUGCUCAGAAAGAAUAUCAGCGUUCAGAAUCUGAAUCUUCGCGGUCCAUGUCAGGCUCGGCGAGUGUGAGCAGUCAGGAGGAGGCAAAUUUUACCCGCCAUGAUUUUUUUGAGUCUUUGCAAAAGAAGCAAGCUUUCCACAUAUUACACAACACUACCAUACAAUUCAAAAUGGAGAAGUUUAAUCUAGAAAGAGACUACCAGGCAACUUUCCCAUUUAAUGAAGACCCUAUAGCGGUGGAAAGCAUUUUAAAGAUUCAGGGAAAUUUGGUCAACAAUGUUCAGGUGGUUCUUGCAAAACAUGUGUACGAGCAGGUUUUACAGACUCUUGACAACUUGGUAUAUAGUGGCGAUGUGAAUACAUUGCCUCAGUCUUCCUGCACCUCAGGUUCUGCAACCCCUGAUAAAUCUGCAUCUAAAGCUGCUGAUGUUUUACUUGAGCAGAAAGAAACUCAUUUGUUCAAUGUACCUCACCUUAGAUCCAUAUCCAACAAAUCCGUGUCUACCCAGGAGGAAAAACACUUUACUCAAAUUCAGGCGAAUUUCCGUAUCUCUGAAUUGCAGAUCCAGCUGAGUGGUGAUCUCACACUUGGUGCUCAAGGCCUAGUCAGUCUCAAAUUUCAAGACUUUGACAUUGAGUUUAAUAAAGAUCACCCACAAACCCUGGCCAUACAGAUAGCCUUACGUUCUCUUCUCAUGGAAGACUUGCUUGAAAAGAAUCCUGAUUCAAAGUACAAGAAUCUGAUGGUAUCACGGGGAGCGCCUAAGACAUCAAGUUUGGCCCACAAGGAAUAUCUGUCACAGUCAUGUCCAUUAGUGUCUCAUGUUGAAUAUCCGGACAUGCCGCGAUCUCUUCCUUCUCAUAUGGAGGAAGCACCAAAUGUCUUCCAGUUAUACCAAAGACCAGCUCUCACGUCUCGCAAGAAACAAAGUGAAGAUAUUGAUUCUGAGUACCCUUUAACUCCACCACCUUCCCCCACAUCAGACAGGUCAAAGCCAUCUCGCCGAAAGGACAGUUUUGAUGACUCCUUGGUCCACAUAAAUGUGUUUUUGGUGGACAAAAACCACCCUGAAUUCUCCUCAAAGUAUAAACGUAUCAAUCGGAGCGUAAAUGUGGAUUUUAACUGCCUUGACGUAUUAAUUGCACUGCAGACCUGGGUUGUAAUUUUAGACUUUUUCGGAAUUGGAUCAACAGCUGAUAACCAUGCCAUGAAGCCAGAGACUACAGACAGCCGGCAGGCUAUGAGAUCGGAAAUGAGCUCAAGUGUCAGUGCUCCUGUACAAGAACAUACAAAUAUAAAAAUGGAUCUCAAGGUGCACUCUUUAUCAUUGGUGUUAAAGCAGACCGCUGGUGAACUGGCGAAAGCAAGUGUAUCCAAGCUGAUUACCCAUUUGGAAAACAUUGAGAGUGAUCUGGCUUUACAGGGGAGCAUUGGUAGCUUGUCGCUGAGUGACCUAACUGCCCAUGGCGAGCUGUACACUGAGCGCUUUACAACAAGCGGGGACGAGGCCCUGAUAUUCCACAUUUUCAAAUAUGGUCCUCCAGAUCCCUUGUUAAAAAGAGAGUAUGACAUGCGUGUAAACCUGCGGAUGGCCUCGGUACAGUACGUUCACACCCAGCGCUUCCAGUCUGAGGUGGUGGCAUUUAUCCAGCACUUCACUCAGUUACAGGAUGUCCUUGGCCGGCAAAGGGCAGCUAUUCAGGGGCAAACGGUCAGAGACCAGGCACAACGGGCCUCUCGGAUCCUGCUGGACAUUGAGGCUGGAGCCCCAGUUCUCCUAAUCCCUGAAAGCUCUCGAUCUAAUAACUUGAUUGUUGCCAACCUUGGAAAACUGAAAGUCAAGAACCGAUUUUUGUUUUCUGGAUCCCCAGGGACAUUCUGCUUAAAGGACAAGAGUUUGGGUAAAACUUCAUCACCCAUUGUUACCCCAGAGCACAAAGUCAGCAGUAGGAGGAGUGAAGUCCGGUCAAGUUUGGAAGGCGAUUCUGCUGAAGGUUUGUUCAUGGCCUCAUCCCCGAAGUUUAGGAAAGAGACAAAAGUGGAGAGUGUUCCAGACUGUUCCGGAGACCCUGAUGAUCACAUCUGCCUAUUGGACUGCAUUGUGGUUGAUCUACAAGACAUGGACAUCUUUGCUGCACUGAGGGAUCCCAGAGACUGUGCUGAAGGCCUGGAGAAAUCCCAAUCUGUCCUCUUCUUCCCAUCAUACAUUGUCAGACAGACAGGUGGGAGCCUUUUAACUGAGCGAUGUCGACUCAAGCUUCAGCUAGAGAGGAAUCUGGAUAAAGAAAUAAGUCACUCGGUUCCAGAUAUGUCCAUUCAUGGAAGUUUAUCAUCUGUCCACUGCUCACUGGAUCUAAGUAAAUAUAAACUAAUCAAAGGCCUGCUGGAGAAUAAUCUGGGGGAACCUGUUGAAGAUUUUAUGCGACCGUAUGACUUGCAGGAUCCACGUAUUCACACCGUUCUAAGUGGAGAGGUCUACACUGGAGUGUCUUUCCUCAUUGAUAUGGUGAAUGUUAGCCUGGAGCUUCUUGAGGACAAAGAAAAGGAAGGGGUGAACCAUUCAUUGGCUCGGUUUGACUUUAAAAAGUCGAAACUGCUUUUUGAGAGCUUUUCAAACCAAACUAAUUCCAUUAACCUGGUCUCCCAUUCUAUGAUGGCUUUUGACACUCGUUAUGUUGGCCACAAGCCAGCCGCUGCUUCUAAACCCAAUGUGUUUAACUGCAUCCUGCAACCUUCCAAGAGCAACAGCAAUCCUGGCUCCCUGCAGAUUGAACUGCACCACAGAUCAACAAAGGACACCUCCUGCUACACAGUCGUCCUGAACAAUCUGAGAGUGUUUCUGAUAUUUGACUGGUUAAUGCUUGUGCACAAGUUUCUACAGACACCAAGUGACAAAUUAAAUCAUGGCCACCUUCUUUGGGAAGACAGGUCUGGCACCACUGUGCCUGUGGUCCCAAAAAUUGUGAAAUCUGGUGUUGUAACCAAGAGGUCAUCUGUACAGGUGACUCCAGAAAAACAGCUUGAAGUCAAAAUCAACGUUACUGGGACGGAGUUUGUUGUUGUUGAAGAUGCAUCUUGUGUCGACACAAAUGCUAUCAUCUUGAAAGGAACUACUGUUCUCACCUACAAGCCGAAAUUGGUGGAUCGACCCUUCUCUGGCAGUUUAUUCGGGAUUGAGGUAUUUAGCUGCCGCUUGGGGAGUGAGCAGGCCACAGCUCUGUCAAUCAUAGAUCCGGUUCAUGUUCAGAUAGAGCUAGUUGGAAAUUCAAAUUAUCAGAACAGCUCUGGUCUGAUGGAUGCAUUUAACACUGAGGAUUUUCCGCCAAUCCUGGAGAUUCAGCUACAGACACUGGACAUUAGACUGUCAUACAAUGAUGUGCAGUUAUUCCUGGCUAUUGCAAAAUCCAUACCUGAGCAGACGAGCCCCAGUGCCCCGGAGUCUGCAGCUCCUGACACGUCAGCUUCUUCUGCCAGUACUUCUGGUAUCAUCAAGGAGAAUGAGAGUGUAACUGUCAGAGAUACUCGCAGGCAUGCUAUGGACCCCCUUCUAGAAAACCAACUUGCACGAUUGGAGGAGCUUGGAUUUGGUUUGGAAGACUGUAAAAGGGCUCUGCUGACUUCUCAAGGUCAACUCAACAAAGCUGCUACAUGGCUGUUUAAGAAUGCCGAGCCUUUAAAGCUAAAUCAAACCAGUAGCGGUGCAGGCAGCCUACAGUGGAUCUCUGGAGUGGAGCUGAAGGCUGACCAUGUCUGUAUCUGUUUCAUUGAUGACUGCAUGGACUGCGAUGUACCUCUUGCAGAGAUCACGUUUUCCCGUUUGGUCUUUUUUCAGCACUUUGUGUCUAAUCCCAAUGGAUCAGCUGAAUUCACAAUCUCUGGAGACUAUUAUAACCGUGAGCUUUCAGGUUGGGAACCUUUCGUAGAGCCAUGGCCCUGUGCAAUAUCUUGGCAGAAACAAGAAGCUAGCCGUCUCCACCCAUCACGCCUGAAGUUCGAUCUAAAAGCCAAACAGCGACUUGACAUAAAUAUCACCUCUGUGUUAAUAGAACAAUAUGUGAACACUAAAGAGUCAUGGAUGGCGGACUACUGCAAACAAGAGAAGGAGCCACCUAUAGACACUGCAGAGGAAUGGAUGGGCUCUUCGGUGGACCCGCCAUGUAUUGGGCCAAUUGAAAUGAAGACACCAAAGCGUAGGCAGCCCUUUGUACCGUUCGCUCUCAGGAAUCACACGGGAUGCACGCUCUGGUUUGCUACGUUAACUACAACACCUACACGUGCUGCACUAUCUCACAGUGGGAGCCCAGAGGUCGUUUCCGAUAGUGAUAAAAACUUCCUGGAUGACACACUCAACGUCAGUCAGUGGAGAGAAGUGCUCCCAGGAGAAGAGAUCCCAUUCGAGUUUGAAACCAGGGAGAAACUCAGACACAGACAUACUCAUGACUUGCGGAUCCACCAGCUCCAGGUCCGAGUCAGUGGCUGGGAACAGAUCAGCCCUGUGUCUGUGGAUAAAGUUGGAAUAUUUUUCCGUUAUGCAGCACCUGAUAAAAAUACAUCUUCAUCUUCGGUCGGAAGUCCAAUUAGUAGAACCAACAUAAUACAUCCCCAAGUCUAUUUUUCAGCACUUCCUCCAGUGCGCGUAGUGUUUGCUGUUACUAUGGAAGGCAGCGCACGGAAAGUGAUCACUGUCCGGUCAUCUCUGAUUGUGAAAAACAAGCUGGAGAUCCCCAUGGAACUUCGACUGGACAGCCCAUCUGCCCCAGACAAGCCAGUGAUACUUCCUGCAGUGAUGCCCGGAGAUUCAUUCGCUAUUCCUCUGCACCUCACAUCCUGGAGGCUACAAGCCCGUCCCAGAGGAAUGGGUGUUUUCUUCUGUAAGAAUCCCAUUCACUGGACUAAUGUCACCAAGACUGGGGAAGUCUCUAGCAGUAAGCGUGAAUGUCACUCCAUGGAUGCAGAGAACAGCAGAUAUUUCAGGUUCUGUGUGGCUCUAAAGAAAGAAAACUACCCGGAUUAUAUGCCCUCAAAUAUUUUUUCAGAUAGUGCUAAACAGAUCUACAGGCAGCCGGGUCAUACCAUCUUCCUUCUACCAACGGUGGUGAUCUGCAACCUGCUGCCUUGUGAGCUCAGCUUCUAUGUAAAAGGCUCACCUAUUAAAGGAACCCUGAAACAUGGGAAGGAGACAGCACUGCCCACAGCCGACACUUCCCAGAACUUUGAGCUGGGAAUCUCUCUGGAAAACUUCCCACACUGCAAGGAGCUGCUCAUCCCUCCCGGGACUCAGAACUACAUCGUGAGGAUGAGACUGUACGAUGUCAACAAGAGGCUGCUUAACCUCACCAUACGCAUCAUCUGCCGGGCUGAAGGCUCCCUGAAAAUAUUUAUUUCAGCACCUUAUUGGUUGAUUAAUAAAACAGGCCUGCCAUUGAUCUUCAGACAGGACAACGCCAAAACAGAUGCUGCUGCUCAGUUUGAGGAACACGAACUCGCCAGAAGUCUGAGUCCUCUUUUGUUCUGCUAUUCAGACAAGGAACUUCCAAACCUCUGUACAAUGAGAAUUGGGAAAGGAAUUCACCCCGAUGGCAUACCUGGCUGGUGUCAAGCCUUUUCUUUAGAUGGAGGAAGUGGCGUGAGGGCAUUGAAAGUUAUCCAACAAGGGAACCGACCGGGACUCAUCUACAAUAUAGGGAUUGAUGUUAAAAAAGGCAGAGGGAGAUACAUAGACACCUGUAUGGUCACCUUCGCACCCCGCUACUUGUUGAUCAACAAAUCUUCUCACAAGCUUGCCUUUGCCCAAAGGGAAUUUGCAAGAGGACAGGGCACAAACAAUCCUGAUGGUUACAUUUCCACCCUCCACGGUUCCAGCGUGGUGUUUCAUUGGCCAAGGAAUGACUACGACCAGCUGCUUUGUGUACGACUCAUGGAUGUUUCUAACUGUACCUGGUCUGGUGGCUUUGAGGUCAAUAAAAACAAUUCUUUUCAUAUCAACAUGAGGGACACUCUUGGAAAAUGUUACUUUUUACGGGUUGAGAUUACACUGCAAGGAGCGACGUACCGGAUAUCUUUCAGUAACACGGAACAACUUCCUCCUCCUUUUCGAGUGGAUAACUUUUCAAAGGUCCCAGUUGUGUUCAUGCAACAUGGAGUAGCAGAGCCUAGGCUGCGGACGGAGGUGAAGGCCGCCACCUCUCUGGACUAUGCAUGGGAUGAGCCGAUACUGCCCUCCUAUGUCACACUGACUGUCAAAGGAGCUGGCUCUGCAGAGAUAGUCUGCAACAUGAAUGACUUCCAGGACAGCAAGCAACUUUACUAUGAAAACUUCAUCUACAUAGCUGCCACCUAUACAUUCUCUGGGAUUCAAGAGGGAAAUGUUCGAUCCAUCGGUCAGUCUAAAAAUGUUAUUUACUCAGAGCUUGUCCUGGACGUCCAGCCAAAAACCCACAGAGUGAUCCUAAAGAAGAAGGAGCCAGGUAAGAGGUCACAGCUCUGGCGAAUGACUGGUACUGGAAUGCUAUGCCAUGAGGGAUCAUCUCCUCCCCAUAACCCAAAUAAGCCAUCCAGUGGGCGUUCUCAGGAGUCCUCUUUAGUGCUGGACAUUGCCGGACUAGCAGCCGUUACAGAUAAUCGGUAUGAACCACUGAUGUUGAGAAAGCCAGAUCGGAGGCGGAGUACCACACAGACAUGGUGCUUUCGGGAUGGAAAGCUUAGCUGCAGUUUACCCGAAUUAGUUGUCCAGGCUCGAAAUGGGGUGUCAGGAUUCUUUGAUGCAGCUGAGGUGGUGCUUGGACCUGACGCCUCUCUAGAAUUGGUGGGCCCAGUGCCUAAAGAGCAGCAGUUUAUAAACCAGAAGAUGAGGCCAGGAUCUGGUGUUCUGUCUGUCAGAGUUAUUCCAGAUGGGCCCACAAGAGUCUUACAGAUAACGGACGUCAGCCAGCGCAGAAACAAUCUUUCCAUCGAAAUGGAUGAACUGGCUCAGUUGGAGCUGAGAAAAUUCAAGAGUCUGGAUGCAGACCAAGAGCUGGAGAUUAUGGUGAAGUUACAGGAAGGAAUAGGCAUCUCACUGAUAAAUAAAGUUCCAGAAGAGCUCGUGUUUGCAAGCCUCAUGGGCAUUGAUGUCCACUACACACAUCUGGCUGCCAACCAGGUGCUGGAGCUCAAUAUUCAAAAUGUUCAGGCUGAUAACCAGCUAAUUGGCACUACCCAGCCCGCCAUGCUCUACGUCACACCAAAGACCAUUGACAGUUCAGAGAUGGACUCAGGCCCAGCGAUACAGGUCAAUGCAAUGAAGGUUCCCAGUAAAAACGCCCUCUCUGAUCUGUACAAGCACCUUCUGAUCACAGCCCAAAAGUUUACAGUUCAGAUAGAGGAGAAGCUGCUUCUUAAGCUGCUCAGCUAUUUUGGUUUUGGCAAGUUGGAAACAGAGGUUGAGAAGUGGGAUGAGAAUAUUCAUGAGAAAACUGGAGAGGAAAACAGCUCUCAACAAAGAUAUUACUUUGAAAACUUGAAAAUAUCUGUACCGCAAAUCAAACUCAGUGUUUUCACCUCCAAUAAACUCCCUUCUGAUCUUAAGGCUUUAAAGAGCUCUUUGGGUUUCCCUCUGAUUAAAUUUGAAGAUGCUGUGAUUGAUCUGGAUCCAUUUACAAGAGUGCACCCAUACGAAUCCCGAGACUUUAUUGUCAACGAUAUCCUCAAACAUUUCCAAGAGGAGUUGCUCAGUCAAGCAGCAAAAAUUCUGGGCUCAGUUGACUUCCUUGGCAAUCCAAUGGGCCUGCUGAAUGAUGUGUCUGAAGGAGUAUCCGGUCUUAUAAAGUAUGGAAAUGUUGGCGGCUUAAUCAGGAAUGUCACACACGGAGUUUCCAAUUCUGCUGCAAAGUUUGCUGGCACACUUUCUGAUGGGCUAGGGAAGACCAUGGACAACAGACAUCAGACAGAGCGGGAGUAUAUUCGAUAUCAUGCAGCCACAAGUGGAGAACAUCUCGUGGCCGGAAUUCAUGGACUUGCUCACGGUAUCAUUGGUGGGCUGACGAGUGUGAUCACUUCCACAGUGGAAGGUGUUAAAAAUGAAGGGGGAGUCAGUGGUUUUAUCUCAGGCUUAGGAAAAGGCCUGGUUGGAACAGUUACUAAACCUGUGGCUGGAGCUUUGGAUUUUGCUUCUGAAACAGCUCAAGCUGUGCGAGACACCGCCACACUUAGUGGACACAGAAUGCAGGUUCAGAGGGUGAGGAGACCACGGUGCUGCACGAGUCCCCAGGGACUUCUUCCCAGAUACUCGGAUAUCCAGGCUGAGGGACAAGAACAACUAUUCCGACUGACGGACAACAUCCAGGAUGAGUUCUUUAUUGCCGUUGAACAUAUAGACAGUUACUGUGUCCUAAUCUCCUCAAAAACAGCCUAUUUCCUGAAGUGGGGCGAGUAUGUGGACCGUGACGCUAUCUUCCUGGAGAUUAAGUACGAUGAUUUGUACCACUGCCUUGUUUCCAAAGAUCAUGGGAAAAUAUAUGUUCAACUGACCAAGAAGGCAGAAACUUCAAGUAGUGGGAUUGCCAUGCCAGGGCCUUCUCACCAAAAACCAAUGGUCCAUGUCAAGUCCGAGAGCCUCGCUGUGAAAAUAUCUCAAGAAAUCAAUUACGCUAAAAGUCUUUAUUAUGAACAGCAGCUGAUGUUAAGGCAGACAGAGGAACAGGACAAUCUGGACUUGAACUCUUAAAGCACAGGAUUUCCAUGAAGCAUCACCCUGCCACUUUCCCGAAUCACGUAGACAAUACCAGAGAUCAC